AUGGAUAUCAAACAAUUUGACUUGGCACAAACAGGUAUUGGAACAACGCUCAAAAGCAAAUAAAAUGUUGGGUUUCAUCAAAAGAUCAACAAGAACAAUCAAGAACUGUAAAGCCCGUCGGACACUAUAUACAGCUAUUUCAAUUAAGGUUGUUCACGAGCAAAACGGAAAAGUCGAAUACGAGCGCGAAAUGGGAAUGGGAAUCGCUUUGAAAAUUCAUUAAUUUGUUAGCGAUUCCCAGCAGCCUUUCGCGCUCGUAUUCGACUUUUCCGCUUUGCUCGGGGAGAACCUUAAUUGAAAUAGCUGUAUAACACUUGUUCGAUCGCAAAUGGGAUAUGCGACACAAAUUUGGUCUUCGCAAACCAUCGACCUCAUCGCUCGCUUAAAACGCGUACAAAGACGCACUUCCAAAUACAUUUUAGAUCUACCUUUCCUUUGUGAAAUGGAAAGACAUGUCAAAACUGCAGAAAUUGUGUUUAAAACACUAAAGCCAAAGUGUUAACUUUUGUAUAGAACUUGUUUACAAGAGACUGAAAGUCAGUGCUGACUCUAACGUGUGACGUCACACUAGGUUCCAGUCUCCUGGAAAAUGUUUGUUAAAAAUUCUAAUGGCUGUACCCAAAUACAAGCAUUUUCUCGCAUUGUGAUUAAAAAAUAAAUAUUACCACGAUAAUCAGCGCAUCAAAAAGUAUCAAAUCAUACACCAAAAUUUUGUGAUGAACUCUGAACAGUAAUAGCUAUAUUUAGAGACACGCGCAACAUUACCAUAUAUGGUAUAAUGACUUUGUUAUUGUUCAAGAGUAUAGACAAGGUUAAGAGACAAUUGACAGGGUUUGAGACAAGUGAAUUCAUAUAUUUCGUAUUGUUUUUUGUGUAUAAUAAAUAUUUAGAGUGAGGAUUUAUAUACGAGGACAACUUCGGUAUAUAGUGGUGCCGUGACCAGGAUGUAAACAAGGGAAACAAGUGAUAUUUUACGAGGAAUUUCAACAAAUUUACAACUAUAUUUACGACGAUAAGCGAGAGUUAAAAUGAGCGACACAGAAGCACAAGCGAGCGAGCAACAAAUUGAGAAUAAAAUCAACAAGGAAAUAGAAAAGUUAAAGUAUUAUUUGGAACAAACCGACGAGCUUAUCGAAGAGCAAGAUCUUAGGGAAAUCGAAACAGUAAACAAGCGUACAAAGGCGAUUUUGGAUCAAAUAUAUAGCCUUGUUUCGACCGCUCAAGAGACGAAAGUUGAGCUGGGAAAAAGUACAUCACGGGAAAUUCGACAAUGGAAGAAAGAGGGAAGAGAUAGAUAUAUGCCAUGGGUAAAUGAAAUGAACAAACUGUCUGAUUUUCUGGCUAAACGACAAGCAAAUAUUGCCGCUGAAGAGGAAAAUAAGCGACGAGACGCGAAACGUAUCGAAGAAGAGCAUAACAGGGAAGUAAUUCGAAACCAAGAGAGGCAAAUGCUCGAAGAAAAAUUACAAGCAGAGCUUAGAAUGACGGAGAAAAAGCUAGAAAUGGAAAAAGCUGCAAGAUCAACUCUAGCUAAACUUCCUAAAUUGAAAAUAACACAAUUUAAUGGAACAACAGCAGACUGGGUAAGGUUUGAGAACAUGUUUAUUACACAGGUCGAUUCUAAGCCAAUUAGUGAUGAGGAAAAGUUUGGCUAUUUACUUGAAAUGGUGAGUGGAAAAGUCAGGGAUAAGAUCUCAAACCCCAAACCGAGCUCGAUUGGAUAUAAAACGGCUUGGGAACGACUCAAAAAGGAAUACGGUCAAACAAAGUUGGUUGUGAAUGCACAUAUUGAUGAAGUAGUAAAUUUACCCAUAGUACGAGGGUCCUCCUAUGAAAAGAUCUUGGCUUUCUACGAACAUUUGAGCAAGAACUAUGACGCCCUACAGACUCUCGGUGAACAUGAGAAAUUAGAUGGAUUUGUGAUGUGUACUAUUAAUAAGUUGCCAAAUGUGAAGUCAGACUUGGUAAGGACUGACGAAGAUUGGGAAGAAUGGAAAAUGGAGAACUUAGUUGAUAGUCUGCAAAAAUGGUUACGAAGAAACAAAACUGAAGAAGAUAAAUCCACAGCUGACCCAAGAAGAAGAGAGAAAAACUUGUUUGCACGUAAUGGAGGUAAAGAGAACGAAAGAGGAAAAAAGACACCUUGUUGUAUGUUCUGUAAAGCUGAACACUGGAGUGAUAUGUGCAAGUCUUAUGUAACCACAGCUCAAAGAAAGGCUUACUUCGGUGAGAACAAUUUAUGCUUCAAUUGCGGUAGCCCGGGACAUAGGGCUAGACAUUGUCGGAGUCGUGGGUGCUAUCACUGUGGGGAGAAACAUCAUACCAGUUUACAUGAUCAGAAAGAGAACAACGGUGAUGGUACAGUACUAACAGGCUACUCAACAGCAACAGACGAGAUUACAUUACCCCCCCAUAAUACCCCCCAUAAUCCCAGUUAAGGUGGAUGGAGAAGUUUUCUGGGCAUUUUUGGACACAGGAUCGGGCAUGAAUUUUAUUUCAAAGGAAGCAGUAAAGAAACUUCAAGUUUCUGCAGCACGACAUGAAUCGAAAGAAACCAUCACCAUUAAUGGAACAAAAAGACAGUCCAUGCCUAUUUACAAUGUAACAAUCGAAUCAUUAGAUGGAUCAACAAAGGGAGAUAUAGAGCUAGCCGGGUCGACAAUGAAAGAUUUCACAACAGUGAAAAGACCGGACAUGAACAAACUUAAAUGGAAUUAUGAACACACAAAGGAUAAGAGGUUUUGUAUGACAAGAGAUGGUGAAUAUCCAAUACACAUGAUCUUAGGUGACAACACCUUCUGCAAGAUUAAGACAGAGGAAAUCUACAAAGGAAAAGAUGGCGAUCCUAUCGUUGAAGGUACUUCGUUUGGUUGGAUUGUUCAUGGUGGAGAUAUUUCGAACAAUGUGUGUAUGUUUACAAGAGAACCAAAUGACUACGAGCAAUUGUAUACACUGGAUGUAGUUGGAAUUGAAGGUAAAGGGGAGAACGACCAACUGGACGUUUAUCAUGAAUUUAAAGAAAACAUUACUCGGGCGGAUGACGGUAGAUAUCAAGUCAACGUACCAUCGAUUCCAGGACAGUCUUUACCAAAUAGCAAUCUAGAACCAAGUGGAAAGCGAUUAGCUAACGUAUGCAAAAAGAUCGAGCGAGAUGAGAAGGUAAACAACAAUUAUGAUGAAACAAUCGAGAAGCAAUUAGAAUCGGGUAUCAUUGAAGGUGCACCAGUGAAACCGAAUGGUAAACGAGUAUAUCAUAUACCCCACAAACAUGUUGUCAGAGAGGAGGCAAAUAAAGUCAAAGAUAGCGCGGAGAUUCCUGAGAAUUUUAGAAAUUUUGGACUGGUCGGUGAUAGUUCGAAAAAUCCAUGGUUUUUGAAUGAUGGAAAAGAAAGAGAAGACAUGAAUGAGGAAACUGAGGGACAUGAAAAUACACCAGAACGGUUGAGAAAACUGAAGGCAGUAACUGCGGAAGAAACAAAGGAAGGGCAAGGUGAUGAAGACGAAAAUGCUUCCGAUAAUUCUGACCAAGAUGAAACAUUUGAAUUGAUGAAUGAUGUUGAGAGGAAAAGAGAAGAAAACGAAGUAGAGAACCUUGAGGAAAAUGGCAUAAAAACGAAAGGGAAAGUGAAAAGUAAUGUUGUUUCACAGGGAAACAAUAAAGAAACUAGUAGCGUUGAAAAGACAAGUAAACGUAAGAAAAAGAAAAGAAAAAUUACAGACGAAAGUAGAAUGAAAGAAAAUUUGGAGCAAAGCAAGAAAGCAAAGUUGGUGAAGAGUGGGACUGACGAGGACAUUAUGCAAACCGCAGAUUUGGACGAAAAGAACCGAGGACGGUGGAUGAAAGGCAAAGUUGUGAAGUACGUGAAAGGAAAGGACGGUGUAAUUAGAGGAGUUAUUGUAUUACAUAAGGGUAACUAUUUGGAACGACCUGUUCAGCUAGUAUGUCCUUUGGAGAUAAGGAGCGUGGUUAAGGAAGAUCAGGGAAGACACAACGAAAGUACUGAAGAUAAUGAUGAUAAAUUAAAGGAAAGACCAGAACGGAAAGCAGCAAAGAUCGCGAAAGUUAACAUCAGAGAACAGUUGAAGGACGAUUAA